GCGGUACAGUAAAGGGUUGGAAACGUAGCGAGCAUCACGGCCGCCGCCCCCCGCCCUAAACACCCCCCCUCCGAGCUCUCCCUUACUCAUUCGCUCUCUCCAGCCUUGUAGAAUCAAUGCACCGAGAGCCCUUUCUCUAAUCGGGCUUUACAGUUCAUCUGUGCGCCUAGCGAACAUCGAAGCCUGUCCUGACGAAGAGCAGCAGAAGAAGAAGGAGGAGAGAAACGCAAGCGGUCUGGGACUCAAUCAUACACAUAUACAGAGACUCAAGAUCUGGCAUUUAUUCAGAGGAAUCUUGUUUUAGCAUGACCACACAAAACGUGAAUCAGUACUACUGUGUUGGGCAUGUGACAAGCCGGGAGCAGAAGGCUGGGAUUGUCUAGGAAGUGUGGAAAGCGUGGAACAGGGAUUUGGGGGUGCUUUUCAUUUAGCCUUUUUUCCAAGAGGAUUAUUUCCUGGAGCCAGACCACAAUGGAGAAGACCUACUCGCUGACCGCGCACUACGACGAAUUCCAGGAGGUCAAGUAUGUCAGCAAGUUCAACAGCGGCACCCUGAGCAACGGGCUCAACCUGCCCCUGCCGGGGGCGAAGCAGCGGCCCGGGCGGGGCGGGGGGGAGCCGGGGGGCUUGCCGCGCUGGAGCCGGCGGGAGAUCUGCCUGCUGUCGGGCCUGGUGUUCGCCGCCGGGCUCUGCAUCAUCCUGGGCAGCAUGCUGGUGCUCAAGUACCUCUCGCUGGAGCAGGAGUGGACCUGCCUGGAGGACUGCGAGCACAAGAAGACUCUGCUGAAGGCCUCCCGCUUCAUCUCUGGCAACAUUGACCCCACCAUCGACCCCUGCUCCGACUUCUAUUCCUUCGCCUGCGGGGGCUGGCUGCGCCGGCACGGGAUCCCGGAGGACAAGCUCAGCUACGGCAUCAUCACCGCCAUCGGGGAGCACAACGAGGAGAAGCUGCGGCGCCUGCUUCUGCAGCCUGCGAAGCGCCCGGGCCGCGACUCCGCCGAGCGCAAGGUCAAGGCCUUCUACCGCUCCUGCGUGGACCUGGCCGAGAUCGACCGGCUGGGCGCCCAGCCCAUGAUCGAGGUCAUCGAGAGCUGCGGGGGCUGGGACCUGGCCGGGGGAGGCGGGGGAGGCGGAGGGGCCGGCUGGGGCACCGGGCCGCGCCCCGAUUUUAACGAGCUCCUGUAUCGCACCCAGGGGGUGUACAGCACGGCCGCCUUCUUCUCACUAACCGUCAAUGUGGACGACAAGAACUCCUCCCGCAACGCCAUCCGGAUUGACCAGGAAGGACUCACUUUACCAGAGAGGACCCUGUACCUUGGACAGGAUGAAGACAGUGUGAAGAUCUUGGCUGCCUAUAAGGCUCUGAUGGAGAGGCUACUGAGCAUGCUUGGAGCGCACAAUGCCACACAGAAGGCACAGGAGAUCCUACAGCUCGAGACACGUCUGGCCAACAUAACCGUUUCCGAGUUUGACGAACAAAGGAAAGACAUCAGCACCAUGUACAACAGGAUCACCCUGCGGCAGCUCCAGCGGAUCGCGCCCAGCCUCCACUGGAAGCGUCUGCUGGACAGGAUUUUCAAUGACAACUUCUCUGAAGACGAGGGGAUUGUAGUCCUGGCCACUGAUUACAUGCAGAAGGUGUCCGACCUCAUCAAGACCACCUCCAAGAGAGUCCUGCACAACUACAUGCUGUGGCGGGUCGUGGCGUCGCUGAGCGAGCACCUGUCGACGGCGUUCCGCAGCACCAUCCACGAGUUCUCGCGGGAGAUUGACGGCACGGAGAGGCAGCUGGAGCUGAGCCAGCUGUGCCUCGCGCAGGCCAACAAGCACUUUGGCAUGGCUCUGGGGGCGCUCUUUGUCCAGGAGUACUUCUCCUCCGACAGCAAGGCCAAGGUGCAGGAGCUGGUGGAGGAUGUUAAGCUUGCUCUGUACCGCCGGCUGAUGGAGCUGGACUGGAUGGACGAAGAGACAAAAGGGGCAGCUCAAAAAAAGCUGCGACACAUGAUGGUGAUGACUGGGUACCCAGAAUUCCUCUUGAACCCUGAGGCCAUAGACCAGGAGUAUGGGUUUGAGGUGGAUGAGAAGACCUACUUCCGCAACAUCCUGAACAGCAUCAGGUUCAACAUCAAGCUGUCGGUGAAGAAGAUUCACAAGGAGGUGGACAAGACAGCGUGGCUUCUGCCCCCUCAGGCACUCAAUGCCUAUUACCUGCCCAACAAGAACCAGAUGGUUUUUCCAGCGGGAAUCCUGCAGCCCACCCUGUAUGACCCUGAAUUUCCCCAGUCGCUGAACUACGGGGGGAUCGGCGCCAUCAUCGGGCACGAGCUGACACAUGGCUACGAUGACUGGGGUGGGCAGUACGAUCGCUAUGGAAACCUGAGGCAGUGGUGGACAGAGGAGUCCUACCGCAAAUUCCAGAAGAAAGCCGAGUGCAUUGUCAAACUCUACGACAACUUCACUGUCUACAACCAGAGGGUCAAUGGCAGGCUGACACUGGGAGAGAAUAUUGCUGACAUGGGGGGCCUAAAGCUGUCUUAUUAUGCCUACCAGAACUGGGUCAGGAUACACGGCCCGGAGAGACCUCUCCCUGGGCUGAAGUACACCCACGAACAGCUUCUGUUCAUCGCCUUUGCACAGAACUGGUGUAUGAAGAGACGGUCCCAGUCCAUCUAUCUACAGCUCCUGACUGACAAACAUGCUCCCGAACAUUACAGAGUUAUUGGCAGCGUGUCCCAGUUUGAUGAGUUUGGCCGAGUAUUCCACUGUCCCAAGGGCUCCCCAAUGCACCCCAACAACAAGUGCUCUGUCUGGUGACCCCCUCACGCCUGAUGUCUGACCCCUCAACCUUCUGCCAACCAGGAACCUUCAGGACAUGCUGACCUUGCUGUUCACCAACGCUUCCUGAUUCUGCAUUCUUACAUGGAGUCUUUUUCAGGAGAUCUUCCGCUGAAGAUCUUUGUAGCAAUCCUCAGCUUUUUUCUUUGAUUUCAGUUGACUCGUGUUAACAGGUAUUAACAGUUCUGGCUGUCCCUCUCUCUUCUCUCAGUACAGCUUGAGACAGUAUUCUAGCCGAGAUUCUGCUGGCCUCUUCUGUAUUAUAAAACACUCUGAACAGCACAGAUGACAAACACCAACAUCAAACUCACCCAACCUGCAGUCAAUAUUCUAUUCAAGUCACAUGUUCUUACAGUGGAGCAGUGUCCUUUCAUGCGUACCCUUCUUUUGAGUACUGUUGUUUUUUUAACCAUCUUAUUAGAUAGAAAUUUAAUUUUCAUUAUAUUUCCUUUUAAUGCGAAGCCCCAUGAAGAAAGUCUCAUUUGCAUGGAGCUGCAGUAACAGGGGUGCACAGGCCAGUGCACAGUGGCGAGCGAGGUAGUAUAAAUGUGCUGAAUGGACAGGACAGAGAGAUGGGCUGGCUUCCGGCUCAGGUUUCCCCAGAUACAGAGCUCAAGGCGAGCGAGAGGAUCCCAGUACAAACUGAGCCACAGUGAAGAAGCAGAACAGACCGGCAUGGACAAGACAUUGCCUUGAGGACAGGCCAGUUAACAUGGUGGAAGAGUUGAGGACAAAGAAUAACAAAGCACCAAGCAGUGAUGACAAACUCCACUGAAGGGGAGAGCGUACCUGUGGGUUUCUGAGCCAUGCUGGACUGGAGCUGAACUACAGAGGAAGACUUCAGCCUUGUAACCCUGUCAACACAACUUUCUAGGAGUGCCUCUGAACCACGACAGAAGAAUAACGUACUCUGUUGUUUGUGGGCUGAUUCCAUAAAGAUGGCAUAUACUUUACAUACAUGUCAAGGUACAGAAGAAAUGUGGUGACAAAGGUGAACUUUGUCUUAUUUCCCCACUAAGGCCUUGAAUCUAGAACCCAUGAAUUUAAAAAAACUAUCUAAAGGGACCAAUUCUUGCAAUCACCUACUGCAAUAGCAGACACCAUAGCCUGUCCCUAUAUGUAUGCAAAGUGACAGUACAGAUACAUUUGCUAGUACUUGGAGUUACAUUAUACAUGUUUGAUUAUCCAUGACUUCAGAAUGUCUCCCCAGGGACCACACCAAAAGACUGUUAAGUGAUUUAUUGUGUGGGAAAUCACUGUCUACGGGGUUUUGUAUGAAAUUCUAUCUUAGACACAGCAGAAAGACUGGAGUGACACUUCUUGUCAGCAGAGGAGGGACACUUGGCGGUGACUAGCACAUAAUGGAUAUGUGUCAAUUCUGCCAACUGAAAUCUCUAAUAAAUAAAAGGGAUGAUGGUUUUUUACUACGUGAAAGAGUAAUGCCUGUUUACAAAAUGUAAUUAGUACUUUAACAGCUGCAACAAAACAAACUUCAAUUAUGUGAAAAAAACUAUUCCAGGGAGCUAUCUGGGAUAUAAUUCCUUAAUUAAUUCCUGACACUUACAGUAUAUAGCACUUUUCUGGAGUGGAUAGGCAUGCUCUAAGGAAAAAAGGGAGUCCAGCUCAUUGUCUCUUCCCCAGAAAAGCACAGUCACAACAUGGGAAUAAAAAUGAUGUUUACUGUUCCUGAGAAGGAGUCCAGGAAAACACAAAAAAAGCCUGAAUGUAAUUUGUAUAAGACCCUUUUUUGUAUUACACAAAAUUUGUUUCUUAAAGUUGUAUUUUCAUGCAUUUCAAGAAACCACUGUCAAUGUUUUGCAUCCCUCUAUAAGAGACAUUACUGUGUGUGCUUAUUUAUCAACAAAUAUUAUUACCAAAACAAUCAAAGGUAUAUGCAUACAUACAGUCAUGGUAUAUAGUAUUAAUAUAGUAAAAUUCAAAUGGAAGAAAAUGUUAUGGACCUGUUUUUCCAUUACUGUGUUUUGAUGUUCAAGAGCAUUAUUAACAGCAGUGUUAAUUAUCAUUGAGGUCUGUAACUGUAAAAACAUUCAUAGAUUAAAACAUUAUGUAAUAUUAGUUUUAUUCAGCAAUAAGUGUGCCAAAACAUGACUGUGUGUCUGUAUAUGCGGUAAAUAACCCUUUUAAUGAGAAGUCCUCUUAAAUAUCCAAAUCAAACAUUUAUUAAAAUACUUUUAUAUAAAUGAUCACUCUUACAAAAACUCGUUUUGCUGUGUCAAUAUAUAUAUAUACAGUAUAAGGAGAAGUUAAAUCGUUCAGAUAUUGCAAUAACAGCAUGUGUUCUGAUGUUACAAAUCUCAUUCUCAUGAUGCCGGGCUUCAGACACAGUGGAUUGUCUCCUGGGUCUUGCCUCCUUCUGAUUAGCUCAACCUCUUCUUUAUCUGUCUGGCAAGAGCACAUUUGGUUGUGCUGCUGGCCUUCUGAGAGCUAUACAGAAUCAGCACUACGGACCCCAGGCUUGCCCAUAGAUCUGGUAUUGGUGUGCACCUAGAAAAACAAGGAAAAGCAUGGCUGUAUGUACAAUUUGUGUGAAAUGCAAUCUUUUGUCUGUUUAAUAGAAUUCUGUGUUAA